AUAUAAUUAACUACAAUAAUACGGCGGAUAAGAACUACAAUCGUCCUCUGCUAACAAACUGAACAUUUUGCAGGUUCUGCGCUAGUCGGCUUCGUUUUCGUCCCCAGAAUUAUAAGUUGAUUGACCACAUUUUGCAUUUGUUAUGGAGAGAAACGGCGAGAGAAAGAAGAGCUAAAAGACUGGAAGAGGAGAGGAACGGCUUUUGUACAAAAGGGGGGUAGAAGAGCAAAAUUGAAGAACAACGAAGGGUUUUUGAUGCGAUAAACACCUGAUUUCACUGGUGGGGUUUGAUUGUUGGAGUGCAAGUCAAGACGCGAAGCUAUUAUGUAUUGAAGGAAGUUAGGAGGAUGAUCCUUUGAUGGUCUUCUGUAAAUCGGGAAGAAAGUUGACGGGCAGAGAGGGAAGAUGGUGGAGGAUUGCUCUUUGGUCCAUAAGGAUGCUUUUGGGACAAAACCUCACAAAAAAUAUCCAAUUUUGUUGAGGACUGUUGUUUUGACUGUGGUAAUGAUUAGCAGUAUUUAUAUAUGCUCAAUAUGUUUAAGGCAAAAGGGGUUUUUUAUCAGCCCCAAUAUGAUGAGGGUUGAAAUCAUGAGUAAACAUUGUCAGUACCCUGGAAUUAGUGCAUCUGAAAUUCCUUACAUUCACUACCCAAAACCGACAAAUUAUACUAGGGAUGACUGUGCAUGCAUUCCAGUUCGGUAUUUUGCUAUAUUAUCGAUGCAAAGGUCCGGUAGUGGUUGGUUUGAGACAUUAUUAAAUAGCCACAUCAAUAUUAGCUCCAAUGGAGAGAUAUUUUCUGUAAAGGAAAGGCGAAGCAAUAUUUCUACUAUCAUAGCCACAUUGGAUAAGGUGUACAAUUUGGAUUGGUAUAGCAGUGCCUCUAAGAAUGAAUGCACUGCUGCUGUUGGUUUGAAAUGGAUGCUUAAUCAGGGUCUGAUGAUGAACCAUGAGGGUAUAGUAGAAUAUUUCCAGAAUAGAGGUGUUUCUGUUAUAUUCCUCCUCAGAAGAAAUCUUCUUCGUCGAUGGGUUUCAAUUCUAGCGAACUCUCAUGACCGAGAAGCAAAGCAAUUGAAUGGAACUCAUAAAGCUCAUGUACACUCACGAAAUGAGGCUGACAUUCUUGCAAGAUUUAAGCCAUUGAUUGACGUGAGAAAGCUCAUUCUAGAUAUCAAACAAACUAGUAAAUGGAGUGCGGAUGCUCUUCAGUACUUCAAUGGCACCCGGCACAUUAUCUUAUACUAUGAGGAUCUCAUUCUUAAUCAAACAAAAUUAAUGGAUGUUCUUAACUUCCUAAGAGUGCCACGCAGAGAGCUCAAAAGCCGGCAUGUCAAGAUCCAUACAAGACCGUUAUCAGAGCAGAUUGAAAACUGGGAUGUCGUCUCACAAUCACUUAAAGGGACUGAGUUUGAAAGUUUCUUGCAGUUUGACUAUGGAAAAUAGAAUAAUAAUAAUAUUUACUGCUGUAAAUAUGGUUGGCAAUACCUGUUCUUUUGUCGAUACUAGCGGAUUCGUUCAGACUAAUUUUUCCCGCAGCAGGGAAAUUUUGGCUACUUCAAAGUGUCUUUGACUGCUAACAGAAAAGUUUUUCAGGGGUUUCUUAAAGGCAUUUGAGCGAAACAUGCGUCCUUUUAAGAUUUUAUAUUCCUUGUAUGAUUUUAUAUUUAGAGCUGUUUCUUGCAACCUAUCAAACAGCACGGUUGCUAUUCUGUUCUUCUUGUGCAAAACAUUCUUUUACUUGAUAACAAAAUUAUUACC